AUGCUGACAGACCAUCAUCAUCAGGCAAACGAAAUCCUCAACCAACUCAACCAUGACCCUAAUGCCUACAACCAACCAUCAGCAACAACCAAACCAAAGCCGGACCGCAGAGUGAGUAGAGCGCGAGACAGCGUUCAACCGUACUCAAAAUCGCACGCAAAGAGGCUCAAGAAGAAGGCCAAGGAACAGGCGGUCGUCGGCGACCUGAGGCCGGUCAUCGCCGCCCUAGACGAAGUCCUCACUACCACCCCCACUACUGCUCCUAGCAACCCUGUCGAGAAGAGUCUCCCAGCUCGCGCCCCGCAAGAGCCAUCAACAGCCGCUACUCAACCCAAGCCCGCCUCAAAAAAAGCCUUGUCGCAUAAACAGAAGGCGAAAGUCCUACGCGAGGAGUCCAUCCGGUUGCCCGCGAUCCUGAGCCAUCCCGAGUUCAAGAAAAAUCCAUUCGCAGCCAUCCGCACCCACAUCCAGAACUCAUCAUGA